GUGAUGCACCGGCACCGCGGAAGUGUCACACACGGAAGUGAGAAACGACGGCUCUAUUGUAGUCCACGAAAAAGACGGAGAUUUCAUUUCAUUUGCCGUGAAGAAUCCAUAUUUUUAAAACCAAAAUGCCGGCCUAUCACUCACAGUUGAGUACCAAUAUGAAGAUUGGAAACCUGGCCCUGCUACCUCUCAAUACCAAGUACAGAGGACCAGCACCACCUGGCACUGGAGAGAAUGACAUCAUUGAUGAAGCCCUUUUCUAUUUCAAGGCAAAUGUUUUCUUCAAAAAUUAUGAAAUAAAGAGUGAUUCUGAUAGGGUACUCAUCUAUCUCACAUUGUACAUCACAGAGUGCCUUAAGAAAUUACAAAGGUGCUCCUCUACGACUGAUGCUCAGAAAGAGAUGGCCUCUCUAGCUAUUGCAAAGUUCAGCAUUCCAGGAGAAGCAGGCUUCCCCCUCAACGCCAUGUAUCAAAAACCAAGCAACAGGGGAGAAGAAGACCAAAUGAGGGCCUACGUACAGCAGCUGAGACAGGAAACCGGCCUGCGACUGGUGGAGAAGGUGAUGGAUCCACAAACCAACAGACCAAGCAAAUUCUGGAUGUGCUUUGUCAAGAGAAAAUUCAUGGAUCGCAGCCUCUCUGGCCCUGGGCAAUGAAGAAUUAAUAGUUUUUGUAAUUGUAUAGGGCAGUUCCAUUAUACUCAGUCCCAUGUAUUACCUAUCAUGUCAUUGCUUUCAGUUAGAUAUAGUAGUAUCCUGCUGUAAGCCAUGCAUGUGUAUGUAAAAGCCUGAGGCGGAUGUCAGGUCAGUUAAACAAGGAUGCUACUUCUCUGACAAAAGGAGCAAUUUUAUACAUUUUCCAAAUUUUUUGUACAAAAGGGUGUAUUGCUCUUUUUCAGAUUAAUGUUGUUCCUUUCAAUGUCAAGUAGCAUCUCUAUUUAAAGUGAUCUUCUUUUGCUCAGGUCCAUUAGCCAUGACUAGGCUGAUGGCAUACAUGCAUACAUGUUGAACCUGCCCAAAUGAGAGACAUGAUGCUUAGUGCACUCACAUACACAUAAGAUUGAUUCUAUAAUGGAAAGAGGAUGUAUUAUAACUUUUUUAAAUGAAAUUUUUAUCAAUUUCCAAAAGGCACUCGUUCCACUUUUGUUACAUCAGAGAUAUUUCUUUGUUCAUUAAUUUUGCACAUUCAUCUACAGAAAAAAACAUGUUAGUAGGUGAAUUUUCCCCUAAUCAGCUCUCGGAUUUCGUCUAAAGAAAAGGUACAUGUGUGAUCAGUGUUAAGAUUUCCAGUUUUUAUUACUGGUAUCCAAAGUGGAUCAAGUGCCUUCUGAAAAAUAAUGCUCUAAAAGUUGAUCAAUUUAAACAUUACUUGAUCGUUAUUUAGUAAUUUCCGGUAGUAAUUAUAGGUAAUCGAAUAUUGAUUUUAGUGAAAAGAAUCGUGAUUACCCUCAGUAUUGAGGGCUUACGUAAAUGGAAAUACCUGAAAAUAUAUUACUCACAAAAGCCAAAGCAUCUCACAUGAUAUAUGUAUGAUUUCCAUUUAUUUCACUUGAAAUUUAUAAAUCAAUCACAUGAUAUAUUGAUAUUCAUAAAGAUUGCAUUUUCUGUAACUGAUUAUGCCAAUAAUUAGUUAAUGAUUAAUGCAGUUUUCCCUUUCUCUUGUUUUUUUUUCCGAAGAAGUGUGCCCCCUGCCUCCCCCCCCCCCCUUCUGCCUGUUACACCACCGGUAGUAUACCAUUAAAUACAUGUGAAAUAAACAUUUCAUGUAUUAUUAAUGGAACAUGUCCUUUUGUAAUUUCAGAGGCAGAUUAUAAUCAAACUUUAAGAAAUGCAGGGGAAGGAUAAUGGUUUUUCUUAAUGUAUGAUGACAUAAACUUUGUAAGGAAAUGAGCACACCUUUGUUAUGUCUUUUGAUAUAAUGCAAUGCAAAGCUUGGGAAAUGGGGAACUCUGGAAAUAUUGUUUUAAAUACCUAGUUCCAUUAUUUUAUUUUUGAUUAGUCAGUAAUCUUUGCAAAAGGUGUAUGAUAAAACUUAAAAUAUUAAAUAUUAUGAAGGUAGGAAUAUGUGUACUGCACAAUGAUGCUUAUUCAUUAUGAUUAUUUCUGGUUUUUCUCAUUAAUCAGGAAAAGGCAAAUUUUUUAUUAUUCACAACAACCCAUGUAAUACAGAAACAUUCACCCUUUUCAAUUUUCUUAUUUGAAGUAUCCUAUGAGCAUUCCAACAACCUCAAAGAUAUAUACAUCUUGAAAACAUGAAUUUUAUUUGGAAUGUUUGAUUAGGCAGACUUUCUAUUACAUUUUUUCUUUCAUUAGACUGAUGAAAAAUUGUUUGAUUUUUGUGUACAUCCAUGGCAUUUAUAAAUAAAAAAAAUAUAAUGCAAGAAGAAAUGUGUUGGCAUCAAAUGCAUUUCUUGUCAGUGUUACCAAUUCCAUUAGUUAGCAAGUAACUAAUUUGGUAGGAAAUGAAUGACACAUUUAAUUGUUAUUCCAUAGAUAAGUUCUUUAAGCAAAUUAUGUGUACUUAGAUUUGUACAGAGAUUGUUCCAUGUGCACAUGUUGAAUGAUGAGAAACUUCUUUCCAACAUUGUAUUUAUAUUAACCUCAGUCUUGUAUCAAUGAAAUAGAAAAUUAAAGCA